AAAUAAACGACGAGUCGAUUGUCUUGAGUUAUCUGUUUUAUUCUGCAUUUCAUUCUCUUCUGCGUUUUUUCGUUGGUCAAAAAAAGAGCAUAAAAUUGCUAAAUUUGUGUUUCAAUAAAUAUAAUUUAAGUUUAAAUAGUUGCUUAACAAAAUGUCGCUUGCGGAAAAGAUUACGGGGCUGCUGGCGCGACCCAAUCAACAACCGGAUCCUGCUGGCGGUCCUGAAGCGCCCUGGUAUCUCAAAUAUGGCAGUCGAGUGCUGGGCAUCGUUGCUUCCUUCUUUGCCAUACUCUUCGGUCUGUGGAACGUCAUCUCGAUUCUCACACUGGAUGUAUCAUGCUUGGUCGCUGGCAUCAUUCAAAUGCUGGCCGGGUUUAUAGUAAUGGCGCUGGAAGCGCCUUGUUGCUUUCCUUGUAUCGAGCAGGUCGAUCAGGUGGCGGGUAAGGUGGAGGCCAAGCCAAUGUACUUCCGAGCGGGUCUCUACUGCGCAUUGGCUGUGCCGCCCAUUUUCAUGUGCUUCGGCUUGGCGAGUCUCUUUGGCAGCGGCUUAAUCUUCGCAACUGGAGCCGUCUACGGCAUGAUGGCGUUAGGCAAGAAAGCUUCCGCUGAUGACAUGCGCGCGGCGGCACAGCAAACAGGAUACGGCGGAAAUGCUGCGUCCACGACGAACGAUCGGGCGGGCAUUGUGAACAAUGCGCAGCCGUUCUCUUUCACCGGAGCCGUGGGCACGGACAGCAAUGUGUGAUGAAGGGAUCAGCGGAUCGUGCAACGUGGCUGGGAACGUGCGAUGAGAAAACAAGACUCAAAACGCAACGCAACGCAUAAAAGGCACCUACAGCAACAAUAACAAUAACAGGAACAGCAAAGUGAAAACAGAAUCAACGGAAAACAAAUGCCUAAUUAUAUAGAAGAACGAACGUGUGCAAUUUAUUUGUUUGGCGACCAAACUUUAUCAUCAACUGCGUCGCAAGUAUGUUAGGAUCUCUCGCGGUGUAGAGGCAUCGACAAUGUUGACAAACAUAAACAGCUAAAAAAAUGAUAAGGCAGAGAGGCGAACCUCAGAGAAACCUCUUUUUAAAGAACCGUCUAGUAAUUGUAAAAGUUAAUUGUGUUAAAUGUUUUAGCGUUUUCUGUUUCUAAUUUUUGUUUUUGCUGUGUAUUCAUUCCAACUUUGGUUUCCUCGUUUAACACAAUCAAAUGAAAAUAAACAUGUUUAAAAUUUAGUAAAGCAAGUAUGUAAUUGAAUUGAGCAUAAUUAACUUAAAUUAUUGAACGAAGGCAUAAUUAUGUGAAGUUUACUUUUAGUCAUAGUUUAAAUAUACCUAAAAUAUAUUUAAAUGCAUAAUAC